AUGCUUCACAUAGACCCUGGCACAGACCACCCUUUACCAUCUUCUGCACAGACUACCCUGUACCACACCCAGCACAAACCACCCUGUACCAACCCCAGCACAGACCACCCUGUACCACCUCCUGCACAGACCACCCUGUACCAUCCCCAGCACAGACCACCCUGUAUCAUUCCCAGCACAGACCACCCUGUACCAUCCCCAGCACAGACCACCCAGUACCAUCCCCAGCACAGACCACCCUGUACCAUUCCCAGCACAGACCACCCUGUACCAUCCCCAGCACAGACCACCCAGUACCAUUCCCAGCACAGACCACCCUGUACCAUCCCCAGCACAGACCACCCUGUACCAUCUCCUGUACAGACUACCCUGUACCAUCUUCUGCACAGACCACUCUGUACCAUCCCCAGCACAGACUACCCUAUCCCACCCCCAGCACAGACCACCCUGUACCAUCUUCUGCACAGACCACCCUGUACCAUCCCCAGCACAGACUACCCUAUCUCACCCCCAGCACAGACCACCCUGUACCACCCUCAGCACAGACCACCCUGUACCAUCUCCUGCACAGACCAUCCUGUACCAUCUUCUGCACAGACCACCCUGUACCAUCCCCAGCAUAGACCACCCUGUCCCACCCCCAGCACAGACCACCCUGUACCAUCCCCAGCACAGACCACCCUGUACCACACCCAGCACAAACCACCUUGUACCAUCCCCAGCACAGACUACCUUGUACCACCUCCUGCACAGACUACCCUGUACCAUCCCCAGCACAGACCACCCUGCACCAUCCCCAGCACAGACCACCCUGUACCAUCCCCAACACAGCCCACCCUGUACCAUUCCCAGCACAGACCACCUUGCACCAUCCCCAGCACAGACCACCCUGCACCAUCCCCAGCACAGACCACCCAGUACCAUUCCAGUACAGACCACACUGUGCCACCAUUCCUGUGCCUUCCAACGAGCUACACAGACGACCAUACAGCUUUCACAGCUCAGUGA